AUGUCUAAUUUGACUUCUGCAUCUGGUGAAGCUAGUGCUACUACCAGUUAUCCUCAACAAUAUUUUUCUCCUUCACAAACUCAAGCUCAUGACGAGACUCCAGCGAAGAAAAGGAGAAACCCUCCUGGCAAGCCAGACCUGGAAGCUGAAGUUAUAGCUUUAUCACCGAAGACACUUAUGGCGACAAAUAGAUUCAUAUGUAAGAUCUGCAACAAAGGAUUUCAAAGAGAUCAGAAUCUUCAACUUCAUAAAAGAGGACACAAUUUACCAUGGAAGUUGAAAAAGCACGGUGAGAAAAAGUGGAAAUGUGAUAAGUGCUCUAAGAAGUAUGCUGUUCAAUCAGAUUGGAAAGCUCACUCCAAAACCUGUGGUACAAGAGAAUAUAGAUGUGACUGUGGAACCCUCUUCACAAGGAGGGACAGUUUCAUAACUCACAGAGCCUUCUGUGAUGCAUUAGCAGAAGAGAGUUCAAGAAGUGUAAUUCAUCAACCAAGCUCUCACAACAUGAUCAAUAACCAAACUCAAGAAAUACAAGGACCUCGACUGAACCUCCACAACCGUGUCCAAUCCCUAAUUCGUGCAGGUGACCUAGACGCCGCCUCCGCCGUAGCUCGCCAUUCGGUAAUCUCAUCUACUCGGCCUACUGUGUUUACUUGCAACGCUAUCAUAGCAGCGAUGUACCACGCCAAGAGGUACACUGAGGCUAUUGCUCUUUUUCACUUCUUCUUCAACCAAUCUAACCUUGUUCCUAAUAUUGUUUCUUACAACAACUUAAUCAAUACUCACUGCGAUGAAGGCCGCGUCGAUGUGGCUCUUGGGAUUUAUCGCCACAUCAUUGAUCAAGCACCUUUUAACACCCCCCCUGAGCUUCACCUCUAG